ACAAUUAUAAAUAAUCACGAUAAUUUAUAAAUUAUAAAAUUGCAAUUUAUUCAUCAUUUCUUCUACGAACUAAAAUUAAAAUGGCAGCCACCAUACUAAAUUGGAGAAAAGUGACUAAUUUUCAAGGGCCAGCCCUAAGACCUAGACAUGGACACAGGGCUGUCGCGAUAAAAGAGUUAAUGGUAGUGUUUGGAGGUGGCAAUGAAGGAAUUGUUGAUGAAUUGCAUGUUUUUAACACAGCCACAAAUCAAUGGUUUACACCAUCUGUUAAAGGUGAUAUUCCACCUGGAUGUGCAGCUUAUGGAUUUGUAUGUGAUGGUACUAGAUUAUUGAUUUUUGGGGGCAUGAUAGAAUAUGGACAAUAUUCAAAUGAAUUAUAUGAAUUACAAGCAAGUAGAUGGGAAUGGAAAAGAUUAAAACCUAAACCACCUAAACAUGGUCCAAUCCCCUGUGCUAGAUUAGGACAUAGUUUUACACUUAUUUUAGGCAAAGUUUAUUUAUUUGGUGGUUUAGCUAAUGACAGUGAUGAUCCCAAGAUUAAUAUUCCAAGAUAUUUGAAUGACUUAUAUAUGCUAGACUUAAAUCCCAGCUGUAUUUCAUUGAAUUGGGAUAUUCCUACCACUCAUGGAACUCCUCCUUCUCCCAGAGAAAGCCAUAGUGCAGUGGCCCACAUGGGAAAGGAUGGAAAAUCACCCCAGAUAAUUUUUUAUGGAGGUAUGAAUGGUAAUAGACUAGGUGAUCUAUGGAUUUUUGAUAUAAAUUCUAUGCAGUGGAUUAAACCACAAUUAAAUGGCAUUCCACCUUUGCCUAGAAGCUUACAUUCUGCAAAUUUAAUAGGCAACAAAAUGUUUAUAUUUGGAGGAUGGGUGCCUUUAUUGCAAGAAGAUGCAGAUUCAAUUUCACAUGAAAAAGAAUGGAAAUGUACUAAUUCGUUAGCAGUGUUAAACUUAGAGACAUUAACAUGGGAACCAUUAACAUUGGAUUUGUAUGAAGAUAAUUUACCAAGACCUAGAGCUGGGCAUAGUGCUGUUACAAUUAAUAAAAGACUUUAUAUAUGGAGUGGAAGGGAUGGUUAUAGAAAGGCUUGGAAUAAUCAAGUAUGCUGCAAAGAUUUGUGGUUUUUGGAAAGUGAGAAACCAAUGGCUCCAUCAAAAAUUCAAUUGGUGAAGGCAAAUAAUACAAGCUUGGAAAUUAGUUGGACCCCUGUACCAACAGCGGAAUAUUAUGUUAUACAAAUUCAAAAAUACGAACCUCAAAUCCUUCCCACAUCUCUUGAAAACGCGCAAUCUAUUAACAAGAAAGGUGGUAGGCUUGGAUUAAUGGUACCUACCUCUUUUUCUAACCUUGCCACAAAUAUGGGAAACAACAUUAGCUCUUCCAUCAUAAAUUUUACGAAUUUUCAAGGCAUAAUCAAUACCUCAAACCAAAACAUCACUAAUCUUCUGCCACAAUCACUCAAUAGCAACUCCAUGUUAUAUCGGUCCUCUUUGCCACUUCAAACCUCUCUUCCUUCAAUACUAACCGGGGGUGGUAGCAAAGGAAUGAUGCUUUACUCCAAUUCUAAUAAUAUAAUUCUUAAUAAUAACUCUCUGAAUAGUUUUGUUAGCACUGCUGUGAAUAAAAUUCAAAUGCCCCAAAAGCAUGUGAAACUUUCCUUGUCCAAUGCCCUUCCUAAGUUACCACACAGCAUAGGCAUAGGAAGUGCCGCCUCUACCACUGGUAUUGUUAAUUUCGGGACCAAUAACAAGUCCGUCAUCUAUUCAAGUACAUGCAAUACCAUCACCACCUUAGCAGGUAUAGAUGCUUUAGCCACUGCUGCUAUGCAAACUCAAAAGAUUAUUAUGCAACAAAACAAUACUGGAAGUUCUGCCAACAAUAUUAAUAUCGCAUCUUUUCCUCAGUUAUCAAACACCAGCAAUAUACAGCUUAAAAAUUUGCCACUAUUAAAUAUCCCAAGUUCUCAACUAAUGAAAUCUCACAACCAAUCCCAGCCACAAAUACUGACUUUGCCUAAAGGCUUAUUGCAGCACAAUUUAUCUUCGGCUACUAAUUUAAACCUAAGCUCAACAAAUCCGCAAAACCCACAAAUAAUAACCCUCAUCAAAACGCCACAAGGGGUUCAAUUUGCCCAGUUACCGAAAAUAUUGGGAAAAUCUAAUUGGGCUCCUUUAUCACAAUCUAACGUCAUUACAAACGCCAAUAAUAUCAAUAUCCACCAAAGCAAUGUAAGUCAGAAUCAAACCAACAAGAUUCAACACAUUAACAUCGCGGGUAAAGGACUUGUAACAUUACCUCAAGGAGCUACCUUAUUAAAAUUAGUUAAUACGAGUGCCCUAAAUCAAACUAACAAUCUAAUGAAUUAUUCCGCAAACAAUUUUAACAUUAUCAAUAGUAUUAAAACUCAAGUCUCAUGUUCCGAUGUUAAAAUACCUACACUUUUAUUACCACAAAUAAAAUCACAGGAUUUGAAUUCGUCCCUUUUCUCUAGUUUUGCUAAUAAUCCUACUCAUUCCUUAGUGCAAUCUCAAAAUUUCAUCGGGAUCAAUGUGUCAUCUGAAAGUACAAUUGGUAUGAAAACAGAAUUCACGGACACUCAAAAUACAUUUGCAAGUACAACCAUCCAACCUUUCACAUCAUCGAUUGAAGAUAUAAAAAGCGAAUUUAAAGAUAAUAAGGAAUCCCUAAAAUAUAUUUGUGCAGAUGGUCAUAAUUGUCCCACACCUCCAGAUUCUGAUACCAAGCCAGUUGCCACAAUAUCAACAUCAAAUUCCUUAUCAGCUAACGAUAAUGCAGCCACGCCUGACAACUCAGCUGACGUUGAAGUCAGGAUAAAAGUGGAACAAUCCGAAAAUUUUGAACAACCUUCCAUAUCUUCGCCACUCAAUUUUGAUUCGAUGUCUAGCUAUAACUUAAUUUCACCAGGCUCUAAUACAGAUAUGUUAUUACCAGAUAGUCUUUUUUCUCCUAUAGAUAGCAAAUCAUUUAACGUUAAUGGCCAAGGGUGCCUUCCUUUUGAGGAUCUUCUUGGAAGUCCUUCUACCGACCAUUCCCUCCUAGAUGAUAUUAUGCCAUCUAUCAUGCCAAUUAAUCAUCAAAUUCAUAAUUGUAACCAAAAUUCUGGUUUAAAUGGAUUGGACAUUGAUCAACUUCUCUCUCAAACUAAUAUGACUUCUGCUUUAAUUAAAGCUGAACAUACCGAUGAUAUUUUUAAUCUUGCCAACCUUUCCUCUUCUUCAAUCGGUGGAUCUAUGAAAUUGUCCACUUCACUUAAUUUAAAAUUUCAAUCUCCUACUAUCAAUAAUACUACAUCUAUAUCCUCAUCAAAUAUUUCCCAAAUGCAACAAUUCAUGAAAAAUCAAACCUUAUCCCAUUACGCUGAAACAACAGCAGAGGACAACAAUAAUAGAAAAUGGUUUGAAGUGUGUAUUGUCGGUACAAAUAAUUGUGUGGUGACUAAUUACAAAAUUCCUAAUCAUAUAUAUAGAACCUCAUCAAACAGCAAUGACCCUUCCAAAAUUCAAAACUCUAGCAUAACAUCUUCAAUCAAAGAUGGUGGAGAUAUUGCUAAUCCCACUUUUCAGACUCUUCAACCAGCUACGGCUUAUAAAUUUAGGGUUGCUGCUAUCAAUUCUUGUGGACGUGGUCCUUUUUCGGAGGUAGCAGCCUUCAAGACUUGCGUCCCUGGGUUUCCAGGGGCUCCUUCUUCCAUUAAGAUCACGAAGUCGUCGGAAGGAGCUCAUUUAGCCUGGGACCCGCCUCAAAACUCUGCCGGAAAAAUUACCGAAUAUUCCGUAUACCUCGCCAUUCGCAAUUCUAAUAAUAACGCGAUUCCCACUAUUAAUCAAGCCAAUAAUGCAAAUAAUCUGCAGCAACAAUUAGCUUUUGUGAGAGUUUAUUCUGGCGCUUUUCCCUCUUGCCUUGUUCAUAAUACAGUCCUGGCCAAUGCUCAGAUAGACUGUUCUGCUUCUUCUAAUAAGCCAGCUAUAAUUUUUAGGAUAGCUGCUCGUAAUGAUAAGGGUUAUGGUCCAGCCACACAGGUUAGAUGGCUUCAAGAAUCUACAUCUGUUAAUUUUUCUCCAUCUAACAUCAAAAGACCUUUGCCAGUGAAUCAGAAUAUUACUAUUAGUAAAAGGAAGAAAACGGAAAACCUAUUUUAAAUGAAGUUUAAUAAGCUAUAAUAUAUGACUGUAAUUUUUUAGCUUAUAUAAAUAAAUAUCAAUGUCAAAAUAUUUGCCUCAAAUUUGUAAGCAUGUAAAUUAUAUUUCCUCAAUUAAAAAUUAGUUGUGCUGAUAAUAUAUAUAAUUCUCUGUAUACUACUGU